AUGACUCUCAAAGCUACUGCCACAGAGGCAGCCAAGAACAGCCAAGAAAUCCAAGCAAACGAAGAUGAUCGCGAACUAUUGCAACUCGGUUAUCGCGCCGUUCUGGCGCGAGGAUGGGGUUCUUAUGACAACUUCGCUUGCUCUUUCUCUGCACUUUAUCCUAUUGGUGGAAUUCGUUUGCUGUACUACAUUGCUAUUAGCGGAGGUGGUCCUGCUGCGAUGUGGAGCUCCUGGGUUUCAGGUAGCAUUCUCUCGAUCAUCACUGCCGCCUGCCUAGCUGAAGCGUGCUCAAGCUACCCCGCCGCGGGGUCAAUUUACUACUGGGCAUUCCGAUCCUGGGGUGGUGGACGUGUCGGACGGUUCAUAAGCUUUAUGGUUGCAGCAUGGACGCUGGUUGCAUGGACAGCAUUCUUGGCAAGUGAUUGCUUUGGUGUCGCCAAUUAUCUCGUCUCAGAGGUGGUUGUGUUCAACCCAGACACGAGCUUCCCUUAUGACACCUCGGAUGUCCGUGCACGAGCCGUCGCCUGGAUCAUCUCCUUGUUCUUCCUAGGAGUUGCCACCAGCUUGAACUUCCUCCCGUCGCGCAUGUACUCGUGGGUAUUCCGUACGGGUGUUAUCGUAAUCGUCUUUGAUAUGCUGCUCAACUUCAUCUGGCUUCCGAUUGGUGUGUCGCAAACGUAUGGGUUCCAAUCCGCCGAGUUUGUUUUUACUUCUACCUAUAAUGGUGGAGAUACCACUCCGAGUCUCAAUUGGGUUCUUUCAUGGUUUAUGGUUGCUAGCUGUCUGGUGGGCGAGGACGCUUCAGGCCAUGUUGCAGAGGAGACAGUCUCGGCUAAGAAGGCCGCCGCCAAGGGUGUGUUUUGGGCAACUGUUGCUUCGGCACUUUGUGGUUUCCCGAUCAUCAUCUUAUUCCUCUUCUGCAUGCCAUCCAUUGAGACAUUUUACAACACUAGCGCUCCCCAGCCAUUCACCAACAUGUACGCAUUGGCCCUCGGCCCACGGGCUCAUGUUGUCAUGACUAUUAUCUCAAUGAUCGGCGGUAUUCUGAAUACAUCCAUCUCGCUUGUUGCUGCGUCUCGACUGGUCUUCGCCGUGGCCCGCGAUGGGAUCUUUCCCUAUAGCCACGUGCUGGCUCGCGUCUCGAAGUCAAAGCAGCCCCACAACGCAGUAAUUUUUAUCUCGACAAUUGCUGCACUUCUGCUGUGCACGCAGCUGGCUUCUCAAGUGGCUUUCUCUAGCUUGAUCUCAACUUCUGCUGCUGGCUCAAUCGCAGCUUAUGGCCUUGUCGGCAUUGGUCGCACUUUCAUCACUCGAAAGUCCUUCCGCCCAGGAUUCUGGGACAUGGGUAGAUUCGGUGUGGUGGCAGCUGUCGUCACGUUUGUUUGGAAUGGUUUUGCGUUCGCUGUUCUCUGUGCACCGGAGUAUUCCGACGCUCAGAUCGACAAGGACUCAAGUCUCUUUAACUACGCAAUUGUUAUUAUGGGCGGUGUUACCAUCCUCGCACUCGGAGAGUGGUGGCGCAAAUCAAAGAAUGAAUGGUUCCAGCACCUUGAAGUCGACUCAGGGUCAGAGGUUGAUAACUCCGUUCAGAAUGAGAAGGAGGCUACUUUGGCCAACCCCCCGGCAAUUUGA